AAGAUAUCAAACCCGUGAGUCAGUGGAAGCACAUGCUCGUAAACUCAUGAUAUUAUAACAACUAUGUUCUUUUUUACAAUCACGCGAGUACUUUGGAUUGGACUCACUUUACUGAGCCUUUCAGAGUUAAUAACAUUUAAAGUUGGAGCUACACCAACUGAUGCCGAUUUCAAGCGACUUUCGAAAACCGUUAAUAAGCUUUCAAAAAUUGUUAGUGAACAGAACCGAGAUAUAGAAGACCAAGCUAAGGAAUUAGCUGUCUUGGAAAGAAGUGUCAUCAAACUGGAACUUCUAAAUGAACAGUUGGAAGAAAAAUAUGAGCAGUUGGAAGGAAAAUGUGAACAGUUGGAAGAGAAAUGUGAUGAAAAGUGUAAGGGAAUCCGUGGGAAGCGUGGAUUUCCAGGGCCAAAGGGUGCUGAAGGUAAAACAGGGCCAAUUGGAGUUCCUGGGUUAAAUGGUACGAAAGGCGAUAGAGGAUCAAACGGUUUCCCUGGUAAUAAAGGUGAUCGUGGACAAAUUGGUCAUGUUGGUCCAUCUGGUGUAAAGGGAGAUCCGGGGCCAACUGGUGCAACUGGAUUAAAUGGUAAGGAUGGUGGUAGAGGACUGAAUGGUCUUCCUGGUGCGAAAGGUGACAAGGGCGAUCGAGGGCCAAAUGGUGCUCCUGGAUUAAAUGGUAAGGACGGUGGUAGAGGACUGAAUGGUCUUCCUGGUGCGAAAGGUGACAAGGGCGAUCGAGGGCCAAAUGGUGCUCCUGGGUUGAAUGGUAAGGACGGCGAAAGAGGACCAAAUGGUCUUCCUGGCGCAAAAGGUGACAAGGGUGAUCGAGGGCCAAAUGGUGCUUCUGGAUUAAAUGGUAAGGACGGCAAAAGAGGACAAAAUGGUCUUCCUGGCGCAAAAGGUUACAAGGGCGAUCGAGGGCCAAAUGGUGCUUCUGGGUUGAAUGGUAAGGACGGCGAAAGAGGACCAAAUGGUCUUCCCGGUUCAAAAGGUGACAAAGGUGCAAAAGGUGUUAAGGGUGAUAUAGGGCCAAAGGGUGGAGUUAUCAAAGGCGCACAAGGGCCACCUGGGCCUCCUGGACCAAAAGGAGGAAAGGGUGAUCGAGGUUUUAAAGGCCAAAAGGGUGAACCGGGAAAUAUUGCAGACAACCUAAUGGUUAUUGAGAAAACUGGUUUAGAAAAAGAAGAAGAAGAAGAAGAAGAAGAAAACUGA